UUCGACGCCAUUUUGCAAAGUCGUAUUUUUGCUUUAGCUUGAGAGAACUGUUCAGUGUUCAGUGUAAUAUUUACUUAUUAAAGUAGAGUGAAACAGUGAAAUAUGGGCGAAGACAAAGAUCGCCGACGCAGGUCUCGUUCUAGGGAAAGGCGGCGUUCUAGGUCCCGUUCUAGGGAACGCCGUGAGAAGCCAGCGAGAAGGAGCAGAUCUAGGUCACAAAGUAAAAGAUCCCGCAGGCGCAAGCCUUCUUUGUACUGGGAUGUUCCACCACCAGGGUUUGAGCACAUCACACCACUGCAAUAUAAAGCCAUGCAAGCGGCCGGGCAAAUACCAGCCAAUAUUGUCGCCGAUACACCACAAGCCGCUGUGCCAGUCGUCGGUUCCACGAUCACACGUCAAGCAAGAAGAUUGUACGUCGGCAACAUACCAUUUGGCGUUACAGAAGAAGAGACUAUGGAGUUCUUCAACCAACAGAUGCAUCUUUCGGGCUUAGCGCAAGCGGCAGGCAACCCCGUGUUAGCGUGUCAAAUUAAUUUGGACAAAAACUUUGCAUUCCUUGAAUUUAGAUCCAUAGAUGAGACUACACAGGCUAUGGCCUUUGAUGGCAUCAACUUCAAAGGGCAGAGUUUGAAGAUUCGACGGCCACAUGAUUACCAACCUAUGCCAGGCACUGAGAAUCCUGCUAUUAAUGUGCCGGCUGGUGUAAUUAGUACAGUAGUUCCAGAUUCUCCCCACAAAAUAUUUAUUGGCGGUUUGCCCAAUUAUCUAAAUGAGGACCAAGUAAAAGAAUUGCUGAUGUCAUUUGGACAACUUCGAGCUUUCAAUUUGGUGAAGGAUUCCUCAACUGGACUAAGCAAAGGCUAUGCAUUUGCUGAAUAUGUUGAUAUAUCAAUGACUGAUCAGGCUAUAGCAGGUCUGAAUGGAAUGCAGCUGGGUGACAAGAAACUCAUUGUUCAACGAGCAAGUAUUGGAGCCAAGAAUUCAACAUUAGCUAUGACAGGAGCAGCACCAGUACAGUUACAAGUUGCUGGGCUCACACUGGCAGGCGCCGGACCACCUACAGAAGUAUUGUGUCUCCUCAAUAUGGUCACACCUGACGAAUUACGUGACGAAGAGGAGUAUGAAGACAUCCUUGAAGACAUCAAGGAAGAGUGCAACAAAUAUGGCUGUGUACGCAGUAUAGAAAUUCCAAGACCAAUCGAGGGAGUUGAAGUUCCUGGAUGUGGAAAAGUAUUUGUCGAGUUUAAUAGUAUUGCUGAUUGCCAAAAGGCACAGCAAACUUUGACUGGUCGCAAAUUCAGUAACCGCGUUGUCGUUACUUCUUACUUUGAUCCUGAUAAAUAUCAUCGCAGAGAAUUCUAAUAUUUAAGACUCCUUCUUACACAUGUAUUUUAAAAUAAUUCCCUUUGUCUAAUACAAUCUCAGAAAUGACAUGUUCGUUUAAAUGAUGAAUUUCAUAUAAGUACCCUUUCAGCUCG